AUGCCAUCUACUCAUAAUCGUGACAAACCAUGGGAUACUCCCGACAUAGAUAAAUGGGCCAUGGAAGAAUUCAAACCCGAACACAACGCCCUGGGACAACAUUUCGCCGAAGAAUCCUCAUUCAUGACAUUAUUCCCCAAAUAUAGAGAACAAUAUUUACGUCAAAUAUGGAGUGAUGUUACCAAGGCACUUGAUAAACAUUUUAUUAAAUGUGAAUUAGAUUUAGUUGAAGGGUCUAUGACUGUGAAAACUACCACCAAAACAUUUGAUCCUGCUAUGAUUAUUAAAGCUCGUGAUUUGAUUAAAUUAUUGGCUAGAUCGGUUCCAUUCCCACAAGCAGUGAAGAUUUUACAAGAUGAUAUUGCAUGUGAAGUUAUUAAGAUUGGUAAUUUUGUGACUAAUAAAGAUAGAUUUAUUAAAAGACGACAAAGAUUAGUUGGGCCAAAUGGAAAUACUCUUAAAGCUUUGGAAUUGUUAACUAAAUGUUAUAUUUUAGUUCAAGGGAAUACUGUAAGUGCUAUGGGACCUUGGAAGGGGUUGAAGGAAGUUAGAAGAGUUGUUGAAGAUUGUAUGAGAAAUGUUCAUCCAAUUUAUUAUAUUAAAGAAUUAAUGAUUAAACAAGAAUUACUGAAAAAACCAGAAUUAGCAAAUGAAGAUUGGUCAAGAUUCUUACCUUCAUUUAAGAAACGUAAUGUUGCUCGUAAGAAGAGUAAGAAAUCACAUAAAGAAAAGAGAGUAUACACUCCAUUCCCACCUGCUCAACAACCUAGAAAGAUUGAUUUACAGAUUGAAAGUGGUGAAUAUUUCUUGGGUAAGAAAGAAAGGGAAUUAAAGAAAUUACAAGAAAAGCGUGAUAAGCAAACUGAAGUUAGUGAAGCUAGAAAGGAAGAAAGACAAAAGGAUUUUGUUGCUCCUGAAGAAGAAGAAUAUGAAAAUAAAUUAUUAAAGAAGGAGAAGAAGGAAAAGAAAGACAAAAAGGAAAAGAAGGAGAAGAAGGAGAAGAAGGAGAAGAAAGAAAAGAAAUCAAAGAGAGAUUCCGAAGAUGACAAUGAAGCUCCAAAGCGUAAGAAGUCUAAGAAUUAA